AUGUUGGGGACAGGGCCCUCGCCGGGGGAGGGAGGCUCUCGGACGUCUCCGUACUGGAUUGUGGCGUGCAACACGGACGAGUCGCACAGCGCAGAGCAGAUCUUUAGCUCAUUGAAGCGCGCGGUUCUGGGUCCGCGCAACGCGUUGUGCGAUGAGGCGUGUCUGCUGGACAUUCCGCACCUCAAGUUUGGGACUUUCGACGACUUGAUUCGGUCGGUGGACAUCUUGCAGAAACAGGACGCGUACGUAGAGAGCGUGAUUCGGCGGAUCGAGCGGCAGGCCCUCGAGAUUGAUCCGGACUGCGAGUUGAAGGUUGUGUGGCAGCGACACUCUCUGACGGUGGACCAGUACAUUCGGCGUUUCCAGUGGGACGACGCCAAGUAUCCGCGUCUCCGGGCGAUCUCCGAGAACCUCGACACUCUCGUCCAGUCUGUGACGAAGACGGACGACGAGGUGCGCGCCAAAGUCGCCGUCUGGCAAGAAGUUCGCCAGCAAAUGGCCAACACGGCGGCGGGGAAGAAGACGGGGCCGGUGAACUACUUUCAGCGCGACUUGAUUGACGUCUUGUCACCGGAAACCGUGCGCGAAGACGACUUCUUGAACACGGAACACCUCACGACUGCCGUCGUUGUUGUGCCUCGCGGCCACGAGCGCGAGUGGGAACAGACGUACGAGAGCCUCGACGCGUUCGUGGUCCCGCGGAGCUCGCGGAAGUUCAACGUCGCGGAGGACGCGGACGGGAACGCGCUCUGGCGGGUCAUCCUGUUCACCUCGCACGUGCCCGCCUUCCGACAAGCCGCGCAGGCGAAGAAGUUCAUCGUGCGCGACUUCAAGUACAGCGAACAGACCUACAGAGAGACCGUGCUCGCGCGGUCCCGCGUCGAAGCCGAGAAAACCAAGCAAGAAACCUUUUUGAGUCGCGUCUGCUUCGCCGCCUUCUCCGACAUCUUCGUCGCCUGGAUGCAUCUCAAGGUCAUGCGCACCUUCUGCGAGGCCAUUCUCCGCUUCGGCGUCCCGCCGGAGUUCGCCGCCUUCGUCCUGCGCCCCGUCAGCGAAGCCAAGGAGAAGAAACUCCGCUCUGAACUGGAUAAACUGUUCUCGCCGAAAGGCGGCUUCGGAAACAGCUACUUCACCGGGGGAAAAGACGACCCCGGCAGCGACGAUGAAGACUUCUUCCCGUACAUUUGGCUGUCGCUGCAGCCCUUUGGCACGCACCGCAGUUCGGCCUGA